CUUGCUUUUUCCCUUUCACGGCCGUCUUUUUCUCACCUCCUCCGCCUCGAGCCCGCUGCCCCCUCGAACGUCCAUUGCACCCUCUGCGCGGCCAGCCCGAACGAGCACUAUUCGCCUGUGUUCGCACCCUUGUCCGCCUGCUGCGCCAUUGCGAACGCUCGGGAAUCGUCUCUCGCCCCGACAUCCCGGUUCCGAAGCUUGACGUGAAUUGUUGAACAUCCUCUCACGCAUUCCGAACCGCUCCACUCCUCCUUUGAUAUUCCGCAAAACUCCCUAAACUUCUCCGUGCUACUUUCAUUUCUUUCCUUGUCCUAGUCGAGCCAUAGUCUGUGCGAUUGAAGAUGGAUACCCUACUCACUGCAGAAAUCUACGCCAACUCGCCCCGCUUCCGGCGGCGGUCGAGCACCUUUGUCGAUGCCAUCCACGAUCUGCCCGAGAAGGAGGAGAUGGCCCCCGCCCAGCUGUAUAGCACUGAAUCCGGUCGGCUAUUUCACUCGGGACGUAUUGUCAUUGCUACUGUUGGGCUCCCCGCGCGAGGAAAGACGCACACAUCCGUCGCCGUUGCGCGGUACCUCCGAUGGCUCGGUGUGAAGACGCACGUGUUUCAUUUGGGCGACUACCGCCGCGCAACGCUUGGCCCGGGCAUGGACGUCCCGGACGACUACUUUUUCCUGAAUGCAUCUCCGCAGUCUGUGCUGCUGCGGAACAAGAUCCUAAAGAAAUGCCGCGAGGACAUCUACCAUUUCCUAGAGCACGACAAGGGACAGGUUGCCAUUUACGAUGCCGUGAACGCCAUCUCCAUGGGCCGUAAGUCCCUAGCAAAGGAGUUUGCUAAGAACGGCAUUCAGACAGUCUUCAUCGAGUCGCAUUGUACCGAUGAGCGCAUUAUCCAGGAGAACGUCCGUCGAGUCAAGAUUUCCUCCCCGGACUACCAGGGCUGGAAGGACGAGGACGCAGUCCAUGACUAUCUCGCGCGGAUCAAUGCCCGAAUACCGCAUUUUGAAACAAUGGAAGAGCCGGAGCUCCAUUGGAUCAAGAUGAUCAACGCAGGCGAGCGCGUCGUAGUCAACAACUGCGCCUUCGGCUACCUCUCACAACGAAUUGUCUUCUACCUCCUAAAUCUGCAUAUCAAAUCCCGACAGACGUACUUUGCCCGCGCAGGAACCACACGAGAAGAGGACUCGUACAAGGCGGACGCGUCGCUGUCCCCUGAAGGCCGCGACUACGCCAAGAAGAUGAGCGAUGUGUUAAUGAAGUACCGCGAGGAAGAGAAGCAGAAAUUGAUUGAGCAAGGAGCACCGGACGCUGCUUUGAAACCCCUCACUAUUUGGACCUCUACCCGUCGCCGCACAAUUCAGACAGCCGAGUAUCUGGCAGGUAAAGGAUACCGCGUAAAACAACGAUCGCAGAUGAGCCAGAUGAACCCCGGCGUGUGCGAGAAGAUGUCAGAGGAUAAGAUACGCCAAGAGUUCCCGGAAGAGGUUGCCAAGCACGAGGCAGAUCCUUACCACCACAGAUAUCCACGAGCAGAGUCAUAUCACGAUCUUGCCGUGCGCAUGGAACCCAUAAUCCUCGAACUAGAGCGCGAAGAAAACGACCUUCUCAUCAUCGCCCACGAGUCCGUCCUGCGCGUUCUCUACGGCUACCUCAUGGCCUGCAACGCUGCCGACAUCCCCAAACUCGAAUUCCCCCGUGACGAAAUCAUAGAGAUCAUCCCCUCCAGCUACAACAACGUCGCCAAACGCAUCAAAAUCCCCGACCUUCCCGACUCCAUCGUCCCCGGUAGUCCCGAGGACAUCAAAAUCCCCGUCCCGCCCAGCGGAACCGUAAGUCCCUUCUCGGGCCUCGGCACGCCCCAGGCCGGCUCGGGCACAGCCACCCCUCAAGGGGCCCUUCCGCAGCCCCUGCAGCUGAGGAGAACGCAUAUUAAUCCGAGUGAUUGAUGCAGGUGCGGUUGAGGUAUCGAUAUGGUGCUACGUGGGAUAAUGAGCGGGCGAGCCAGCAGACGGACUUUGAUUCGGAUUUGGACGAGUGAGGGGAUGGCUUUUCGAGUUCGGUAAUGCACGGAGGCAUGGGCGGAUGCAUGGGGGAGGAUGUGCUUUUUGUAGACUUUUGCGGCAUGGCGGUUUGAUUCGAGGGAGGCGUUGCGCUGUGUUUAGAUCGGUAGAGAUCACGUUAGACAGGAGAUAUGCAUGUCGGUUCUUGCAUGCAGAUCUGCAAUCCAGUUCAUUUU